CCCCUGUCACGCUGAACUCCGCUCCAUUCUUUUCAUUUAGAUUUGCUCUAGCUUCAAUUACACAACUAUAACGGCAGUUAUGCACGCCACAGCACUGUGAGAUAGUGACCGUAAACUCUGUGAACGUCCACGAGUAGUGAUCGCUGGACUUGCAUUUGCACUUGGACUCAUUACGAAAUCGCUUCGGGACUAUUUUUUUCCUCCGCGGAGACACAGCGCGCACUGGGUCGUGAGGUGUCCAAGAUGGCGGCAACGUGUAAGGUCCAGGCUUCUUAAAAGGCACUCCAUGUUGACCCAACAGAGCCUUAGGAUCCACUGUGACAAAGCCUGUAGUCCUGCCAUCUGUCCUGCACUAACAUGGCCAAGGACCAGCCAAAUGUGUUCGACCUCCUCCUGCUUCUGGAGUCCACAGAUCUGCAUGAGCUGGAGCAGGUCAGAAGUGUCUUACAGGAGAGCCUCAGUGCAGAUAAAGGGUCUGUGCUUCUCAAUGGCCUUGUGGAUUAUUAUCUGGACACCAGCUCUCCUCAGGCUGUGGACCUCCUGUCCUCCAUCAGGGAGCCUCACGACAAGCACCUCUUAGACAAGAUGAACGAGUGCAUGGCCAAGCCGAGCGGCAGGCUCCUGACCCUCACCCUCCUCGGUCAUGUUGUUCGCAAGCAGCCGCCGUGGAUUCACAAGAUCGCUCGCUUCCCUCUGCUCACUUCACUACUCAAAUGCCUCAAGACUGAGUCAGAUGUUGUGGUUCUUAUAACUGGAGUGUUGGUGUUAGUCAUCAUGCUUCCUAUGAUACAGCAGACCAGCAAACAGCUCCUGUUCGAGUUUUUCGACAUCUUCGGACGACUCGCAGCUUGGAAUCAGAGAAACCCAGGCCAUGCUCAGGGAGCGUAUGCAGUUCACCUGCAUGCCAGCGUGUACUCGUUCUUUCACCGUCUCUAUGGCAUGUACCCCUGCAACUUUGUGUCCUACCUGCGCGCCCACUACAGCAUGAAGGAGAACGUGGACACUUUUGAGGAAGUAGUUAAGCCGAUGCUUGAACACGUGCGGAUACAUCCAGAGCUCGUUACUGGAACCAAAGACUAUGAAGUGGACCCGAUUAGGUGGAAGAGGUUCGAGACCCACGACAUUGUGAUCGAAUGUGCCAAAGUGUCCCUGGACCCUAAGGAAGCGUCCUGUGAGGAGGGCUACUCGUCCCUGCCUGACCAUGUGCCACGGCGCCUCGUCGACAGCAGCAGGUCCUGCUCAGAUCUCAGCACCCAUGGAAGUUCAUCUUUCAACUCGAUGGCUACAGUUCGCCAGUCCCUUUCCCUUUCAUUGCCCCAUCUGACAGUCACUCAGCACCCAGGCCUCAGUUCACAAACCCCCAGUCUACAGGGUCUUGAGGCAGAGUCCUCAGGGAUGAAGGAGACCAUGUGGAGCCCUUCCUCUGUGUGUGGGAUGAGCACCCCUCCCAGCUCCAGAGGAAUGUCCCCCACCACCGUCUCUGAUCUCUCACACAGUGCCUCCCACUUCUUAGGGCGGGUCCCAAGCACACCAGUAGAUGGGAAGUGGACACCGUCUGCCUCCACGCCCUCAGGGUCGUCCCCUCUCCUAUUGCUCUCCGGAGAACUCGAGCACACUGCCCAACCCACCAGCAUUACUCUCCCGCUUUCUAAGACAAAUCAGGAGAUUAAAAAAGGCAACCACGCAACUAUCAAUGGCAAAGGUACAGCCGAUGGGCUUAGUCCUUUUUCGCUGACAGAGCUCUCUGACUUUGUGAAGAGGACGGAGAGAGAGAAAGAGGAAGAUUCCAUCACAGCAGAGUUGAUGACACUAACCCAGGGUACACUGGACCCAGUCUCGGACGUGUCCUUUUCCAGCACCGCUGACGCACCCCUUUCCUUAAACCCCAGCAUUUCUACCCUGCCUCAUAAUCUGGCCUCCACCCCAGACAGGGGGGUAAACACUAUUAAAGGACCAGAGCAGCAGCCUUCCUGGGUCACAUGCCCCUGUUUUACCCCCAUAGAGAACUCCCUGAGCCCCUCUGCACCUGAAGACGCCUCCUUGGAGUUGUUUAAGGGCUCGUUUCCCUACGAGCAUCUCUUCGACCUGGCUUUGCCAAAGCUGGCCUCUCUAUAUGUGGGGAAGAAGACCGUUGAGGCUCAGCUGAAGGCUGGCAGAGAGGACGUGGAGAUGGGGGAUCUGUCUGCUAUGUCCCCUCUGGAGGUGUUGGAUCGUCUUAUUCAGCAAGGUCAUGAACUUCAUGAGAAAGUGUUAAAGAGAUCUCCUUCUUCGUUAAACCCCUCGGCCGAGCCACACCUUGGAGGUAAACAUCAUAGCACUAAAGGAAAAGGUUCAGGGGCCCCUGAUGAGCUGACGCUUCUGCGCAGUCAGCUGCUGCUCCUGCACAACCAUCUGCUGUAUGAGCGGCACAAAAGAGAGCAGCAUGCACUGCGCAACCGCCGCCUGCUCCGCCGUGUCAUCAACGCCACUGCACUGGAGGAGCAGAACAACUCCAUGAAAGCCCAGCUACGGCUGCAGGAGGUGGAGAUCCAGACUCUGCAGGCGAGUCUGCAGGAAGAGCAGGGACGCUCCAAGCGUCUGCAGCAGGAAGGAGAGGCGCAGGUGCAGCAGCUCCACAGCCAGCUCCAGAAGCUCCAGCGUGAAAGGAACGACUACUGUACCAAAACUCAGGAGCUACAGAGUGACUUGCAGGAAAGUAAGAAGAGAAUGGGCAAGAUGGAGGCGGAGCUGCAGAGAGCCAAUAACAAAGUGUGCAAUACAGGACACCUGCUCAGCCAGCUGUCUAUCAAGCUCAACAACAGUGAAAGCCUGGAGCAACAGAUGGCCUUCUUGAACAAACAGUUGUUAUUGCUGGGUGAAGCCAAUAAACUGUCUGUGCAAGAAGUCCAACGCCUGGGACCAGACUCGCGUAAAGAGCAGAAGAUGCUGCAGAUGUGCUCCACACGAGAGACCGAGCGGUUGAGACAGAGCUCUAUUCAGCAGAGCCAGAGGUUGGAGGCAGCCCAGCAGCGUAUCACUGACCUGGAGACCCAGCUCACCAAGAAGGAGCACCUCAUCCUGGAGCAGAAGAAACUUCUGGAGAAUGUCAAAAAUCAGGCCAAAGGGCAGCUGCAAGCUUCUGAGAACAGGUAUCUGGCUCAAAAGCAUGUGACUCAGGCUCUACAAUCAGAAAUGCUUCAUCUAUACAGUCAGCUCGAUCUUGCCAGCCUCUCAAACAGCACACCAGCAGGAGGAGCAGCUGAACCAGGCAGCCCUCUGAACCAGAGAGCAAACGGCAGCAACACAUCCACUUCGGCUCCGACCUCCGAGUCAGGGAAAAGAGAGGAAACUGAUUACAUGUGUGUGAACGGUGAGCUCUCGCCGCUGUCUCCCGGAUCCCCGCCAUCCACCGCACUGAUCAACGGCAGCCAGGAAGAAGACCUUUCCAUCCUGUCCUGCAACUCUCCUUUAGCUGAAAGCUUCCUGGGAAUGCACAACCAAGAGCUGUUAAAGAAGACCAAGAGUACGUACGAUGUGGAGCACAGCCACCGGCUCCAUGACCAGAACUCGGAGCUUGCCGAGAAGCGCGCCGAGCUCACGGUUUCCCAGAAGCUGGCGGAGGAAGAAGCCGACCUCCCGCCUGUGGAUCGGCACCGAGCUCGCGCUUACAACAUCCAGAGUCGCAGACCGCAGGACCUGCACAUCAUGGAUUACAACGAGACGCACCAGGAGAAGACAUAAAGGAGCUUUUGAAGGUUGAGUUUGCAGGACUGCCACUGUAGAUUUGCUCGCAACACUAGACAGAAUGAUUAAAAAAAAAAAGAUGUUUUGACCUCUGCAGCACUCUUCAUUUUAACAAGAGUGCAUUGUUUUAGCAAAAAAAAUUUUUUAAAAGCUCUACUGUAUUACAAAACAGCCAAAAAAAAAAGAGAGAGAGCGAGAGACGUGUAUAUACACCGAGGGCUUAAAGCUAUAGGAUCACUAUGUUUUAGGGGUUGUGUUUGUUUUUUGGGGUUCUCAUCUCAGAUUUUGUUAAAGCCGGACAUUAAAACAUACUGAUCGUAGCUUUAACCCGUCCAUCUGAGCUCUGGUAUGAAAUAAGAGCACUGUUCGCAUUGAAAGUACACUUGAGACAUUUGUUAUCGGUUCAGUUUGGGUUUAUUCCUGUAUUGGAUUGUUUGAUAGACAUUUCAGCUUAAAGCACGCUGCAGUGGUGGUUACGUUGUACGUGUGUGUGUGUGGAUUGUGUUUGGCCCUUAUCGUAUUUACUAGAACACGUAUUGCUUUAAUUGCUGUGUUUUGCUAACCUCCCGAUUAGUCGAUGGGCUAGUAUACGUUUGUCCAAGCCGAAGGGUCUUCGCGAAGCGUAGUUAGACGAACGACACGGAAAAAUAUCCUUUUGUCGCCUAGCAAUUUCGUUCUUUCUUUCCUUCCUUACGAAUCAAGCACUGUAAAUACCGUGCAUCAACAAAUCAAGCCCCAAUAGUCAACUGUGAAAGACUUGCAAAAAUGCAGCUGUGAUAAUAGAUGAUGGUAUGUUUGAGUGUGUGAAUGUGAGAAAGUGAUGAUGAUGAUGUCAUAACCUUGCUUUGGGUGCUUCGCUUGUAGGAAAAGAUGAAGCAAGUGUUUAAACAAAUGAUAGAAUUUAUUUUUUAUUAAUUCAGUUCGAUACUGGGUUUAUUAUAAAUCCCAGACACUAGUGCAAUACUUCUCUUAGCAUUACACUUCAAUGCCAGCUCAGAAGCACGUGUAGAUCUGUGUAGUGUAUUUUUCUUUUUUUUUUUCUUUCUUUUUCUUCGCUGCUCAGUUAGUGACAUCACACAACUCCGCUGCUGUCCAUCCUGUAUACAGGUAGUGCCUCAGAAUUCGCCCAUGCCAGGCUUUUUCGGUGAAUUUUCACAGUCUCUGUCGUGUAAUGGGAAGAAAAAAAGAAAAAAAAAAAAACCCAUCGCUGCUUGGAUUGUAUGUGAAAUGUGAAAGUUUCAUGGUAGCAAUGUAUAGAAUACAAUCGCAAAUACACUAAAGCUCAGUUGAUAACCUGAAAUCUAAGCUCUCUCUCUCGCACACACACAUUGAUACCCUUCUUCGGAAAGUGUUUUGAAUCGGUCGAGGAUCGUCAAUCGUUUUCGCCAAAAUCAGGGACGUUUUAUGAUCUCUUGUCAUGGUUUCAGCUAAAAACAAAUGUGAAACACUGAGGAAAAAAACAAAACAAAAAACAGUUCACCAGGAACCGAAGGACACGACGAGGACGUUACGGAGAUGAUCAUGAAGUUCUCAGACUUUUUUUUUUUUUGUUCAGGAAAACGCAGAAGGCGUGCAUGAUGACCCGAAUCUCCUGCUCUCACUGUUUUAAAUCCUGCAGCUUUAUAUUUCAUUUUAAUGAAGUGUACAUGGCUGUCAACACGGCUUUCACUGACAUCUGUGUGAUUUAAUGUUGUUCACAAAAUGCCUUAAUAAGAUACAAAAAAAACAAAGGACAUCUCUCCUUGCCCCAGAGGCCAAAUUCCAGUGGUUUUUUAGAAACUAUGGUACAAUUUGACAGUAAUCUGGAGUGGAGUCAGAUGUCCUCAGGGACUCUGUUCAAAAAAAAAAAAAGAAAGAAAAAAAGUAUUGAUUCUGAAGACACACAGAAAAGGUAUUCUACUUGUUAAGCUAUGAUCAGGAAUAAUAAAAUAUAUGUUUUGCA